AAGACAAAGUCUGAGAACAAUGUUGAACACCUCUGGACCGUCCUCAGCUCCUUACUUCUGCCAGAAGAAGGCAACAGAAAAUUACUUCCGUGUUUGUCAGCUGAUUAUGACAAUAUGCAGCGACUUAUUCAGGGACAUUCUAAGUCGCCACAUCAAACCUUCUGACCUUAGGUUAGAGUUGGACAACAAUAGAGGGAAACUGGAGAGAAUGAAUACUCAGCAGAAAGAACAGAUCUAUCCAGCGUCCGGUUGCACCGCUUUGUCUGCCAAAGACCUGGACAUCUCAGUAUUAUAUAUUAUUUUAAGGAAUAUUUGUAACAUACCAAAGCAUAAAGCUGGAUGGGGAAAUACUCCCCUAACUGGCGAUAUGAGAUUAUCAGCCUGCAUAGAAAGGAUUCGUAUCAAGAGAAAUUUAGUAUCUGGUCAUUCUAUAAUUGGUGCUAUGAAUGACACAGAGUUUAAAAAACGCUGGGAAGAACUCAAAGACGCCAUCAUACACAUUGAAAAACAGAUGAUUGGUGGGGACAUGUAUGAAAGGGGCGUAAACGACUUAUUUUCAUGUGAUCUUAAUCCCACCAGAUCAAAAUGGUAUGCCGCGGAAUUCAGGAAAAUACAAGGUAAUUGUCAGAAGAAAAUUGAAAACCUUGAAAGUUCAACAAAUACAACAAAGCGCAGUUUGAAAAAAUUCAAAAAGAAAUCAAAAGAAUACCUCAACCCCUCUUUCCUCGUUUCUAAACCUAAUGGAGGACACAGGCUAGUGACCGCCUUCGAGGACGUUGGACGCUACUCGAAACCUAACCACCCUUUAAUGCCAGAUAUUGACUCCACUUUGCCACCAUAA